UGAGCAGAGGAGCCAUUGCUUUCCUUUCUUUUCCCUCCCUUCUCCAUCUCUUUCUUUGUCUCCAAACAGUCAAUGCCAGCUGCCCAUUUCCCUCCUCCGUUUCGUUUUCUCACAUAACCGCCAUCUCUGCUUUCUGUUAAAAAAAAGAAGAAAAAAAAGCUCAGCCAUGAAGAACAGUCCCAUUUUCAUGAGUUUCUUGUUUUUACUUUUCAAUCUCUUCUUCUCUUUCGCCAUCGAAGAUGACAUCGCUUGUCUCGAAGGGCUGAAAAGCGCCCUCAUCGGCGCCGGCUCCCCUCUCUCCACGUGGAGCUUCAGCAACCGCUCGUCGACCUCCGUUUGCCAGCUCACCGGCGUUUCCUGCUGGAACGAGAAGGAAAACCGAAUUAUCAGCCUCCACCUGCCUUCGAUGAAGCUGUCUGGUCAGUUGCCGGAAUCUUUGAAGUAUUGCCGAAGCCUCCAGAUUCUGGAUCUUUCUAACAACUCUCUCUCCGGCCCCAUUCCGAAAGAUAUAUGCACUUGGCUUCCCUACCUCGUCCGUCUGGAUCUUUCCGGUAACCUUCUCUCCGGUUACAUCCCUCCUCAGAUCGUCGACUGUAAGUUCCUAAACGACCUCGUUUUAGCCGAUAACAAGUUGUCUGGUUCGAUCCCUUACGAGCUCGCUCGGUUGGACCGGCUUAAACGGUUUUCCGUUGCCGGUAACGACUUGUCUGGCUCGAUCCCCUCUGAUCUGUCCAGAUUCGGGGAAGAUGAUUUUGACGGUAACCAUGGACUUUGUGGGAAACCGUUAUCGGAAUGUGGUGGAUUGAAUGGUAAAAACCUGGGGAUUAUUAUAAUAGCCGGUGUCACCGGCGCGGCAGUUUCGUUAAUCAUCGGUUUCGCCAUUUGGUGGUGGUUCUUUAUCCGAGCUGGCGCAGGCGAAAAAAGAAAGAUGAGUCACGGCGUUGAGGGCAAAGAUGAUAGUAGUUGGAUUGAGCUGCUGAAAUCCCAUAAGCUUAUUCAAGUAUCCUUAUUUCAAAAGCCAAUAAACAAGAUCAAAUUGGCAGAUUUAUUGGUGGCAACGAACAAUUUCGACGCUGAUAAUGCGAUUAUUUCGACCCGAACUGGAGCUUCCUACAAGGCAGUGCUGCUGGACGGGUCUGCGUUGGCGAUUAAGAGGUUAAGUGCUUGUAAACUUACCGAGAAACAGUUUAGGUCGGAAAUGAAUAGGUUGGGACAACUUAGGCACCCAAAUUUGGUUCCACUUUUAGGGUUUUGUGUUGUGGAAGAAGAGAGGUUUUUGGUUUAUAAGCAUAUGCCCAAUGGGACAUUGUAUUCUCAGUUGCAUGGAGGGAGUCUUCUUGGUAUAGGGAAUGGGAAGUUUGAGUUUUUGGAUUGGUCAAAUAGGCUUAGGAUUGGUGUUGGUGUUGCUAGAGGCUUAGCUUGGCUUCACCAUGGAUGCCAACCGCCGUAUGUUCAUCAGUACUUCAGUUCCAAUGUUGUGCUUCUAGAUGAUGAUUUCGAUGCUCGAAUAGCCGACUUCGGUUUGGCACGAUUGAUGGGGUCUCGUGACUCGAAUGACAGUUCAUUUAUGAAUGGGGAUUUAGGGGAGUUUGGUUAUGUAGCUCCCGAGUAUUCAAGUACCAUGGUUGCUUCUUUGAAAGGGGAUGUUUAUAGUUUCGGGGUAGUGUUGUUGGAGUUGGUUACGGGCCAAAAACCGAUCGGAGUUAGCAACGCAGAGGAAGGGUUUAAGGGGAAUUUGGUGGAUUGGGUCAAUCAGUUAUUCAGCACCGGUCGAAGCAAGGAUGCCGUCGAUAAAGCAUUGGUCGGGAAGGGUCACGAUGAUGAAUUGAUGCAGUUCCUGAGAAUUGCUUGUACUUGUGUGGUUCCUAGGCCAAAGGACAGACCUUCUAUGUACCAGGUUUACGAGUCGUUGAAGAGCAUGGGCGAGAAACAUGGUGCCGCUGACUACGACGAGUUCCAGCUGAUCUUCGGGAAACAACAAGAUCAUGAUAAUUAGGAGUAACCCUGUUUGGGGUAUACUGCGGUGAUUGUGAGUUAAAUGCAGGCAAUGACCAACAUAUCUGCAUUUGUGUAUGGUAUCUUCUGUUUUAAGGCAUUUUCUGCAA